AUGAAAGGAACACAAGUGAUGAACAAAACAGCAAUCCCAAACUGGGAACUCUCAGGCUUCGUCGAGUACAUUCCUUCAGGACACAAACAAGGCGACAUGAUCCUUGUCGUGCCUAAAGGCGCUUUCGCAGUGCGUCUAGGCAACGAAGCAUCAAUCAAACAAAAGGUCAAUGUUAAAAGAGGCUCUUACUAUUCCAUCACCUUCAGUGCGGCUCGAACCUGCGCACAGGACGAGCAGCUAAACGUCUCUGUGGCUCCUCACCACGGAGUGAUGCCGAUCCAAACAGUGUACAGUAGUUCAGGCUGGGAUCUGUAUUCGUGGGCGUUUAAAGCUCAGAGCGAUUAUGCAGAGAUUCUGAUACAUAAUCCAGGUGUUGAGGAAGAUCCUGCUUGUGGACCACUUAUCGAUGGUGUUGCUAUGAGAGCUCUCUAUCCUCCUCGUCCCACCAACAGUGAGUGUGCUUUUUUAGUGGUUCGAUUUAAUUUUGGUUCUGUUUCAGAGCAAAAUAUACUUGGUGGGUCAAAUACGAGAAUAUCUAAAACUUGUGGGGUUUGUAUUGCAGAGAACAUUCUGAAGAACGGAGGAUUCGAGGAAGGCCCAUGGGUUUUACCCAACACGUCAUCGGGAGUUCUGAUCCCACCCAACUCCAUCGACGACCACUCUCCGUUACCGGGAUGGAUGGUCGAAUCUCUUAAAGCCGUCAAGUACAUCGAUUCCGAUCAUUUCUAUGUUCCUCAAGGCCGUCGCGCAGUCGAACUCGUCGCCGGGAAAGAGAGCGCCGUCGCACAAGUCGUCCGCACGAUCCCGGGGAAAACCUACGUCCUCUCCUUCGCCGUCGGAGACGCGAACAACGCCUGCGCCGGAUCUAUGAUCGUCGAAGCUUUCGCCGGAAAAGACACGAUCAAGGUGCCUUACCAAUCGAAAGGGAAAGGAGGAUUCAAGCGGGCGUCUCUGAGAUUCGUCGCCGUCUCGGGUCGAACCAGGGUGAUGUUUUACAGCACGUUUUACGCGAUGAGAAACGACGAUUUCUCGAGCUUGUGUGGGCCAGUGAUCGACGACGUUAAACUUCUCAGUGCUCGGAGGCCGUGA